AUUUGUAAGAGAUUCUCACUUCACUGCCCAAAAGAAUUGAUAUAAUUCAUUAUCUCAAAACUUGUCUGAAACUUAUUCACAAUGGAAGUUCCGAAUUUCAUGAAGGAUGACAACAUUACACAAGAAUGCAAGAAUUUGAUCUCUUCUCUUCCCCUGGACAAAGAUUUCUUGGGUAAGAAUAAUCUUUGCAACUACAAAGGCUUUUGGUAUCAUUACAACACAUUACAAGGGAUUCUUAAUGUUGAAAAUCACUUUCGACCCCGAGACACCGAUAUAAUCGUCGCUUCUUUUCCCAAGACGGGCACGACUUGGCUCAAAGCUCUUACCUUUGCCCUUGUUGAACGAGGGAAAUACAAUGCUAAUCCUGAAAACCACCCUUUGCUUUCUCAGAAUCCUCAUAUCCUCGUACCAUUUCUCGAGGUCGAUUUAUAUUUAGAACGCCAAAAUCCAGAUCUGACCAAUCAUGGCAGUCCAAGAAAGAUGUUUGGAACUCACGUGCCAUUUUUUAUGCUGCAAGAAAGUGUGAAGGACUCACCUUGCAAGAUCGUGUAUGUGAGCAGGAACUUGAAAGACGCGAUAGUGUCGGAUUGGAUUUUCAGGAACAAGUAUAUGAAGAGUGCAAUGCAUGGAGCAUCAUUUGAAGUGUUUUUCCAAUCUUUUUGUAGAGGAGUUAAUUUCUUUGGACCCUUUUGGGAUCAUGUCUUGAGCUAUUGGAAAGCGAGCUUGGAGAAUCCGAAGCAUGUGAUUUUCAUGAAGUAUGAAGACCUGAAAAAAGAGCCGCGUGUUCAAAUCAAGAGGCUUGCCGAAUUCUUGGACUGUCCGUUUACGGAAGAAGAGGAGGAAAGUGGAUUGGUGGAUGAGAUCUUGAAGUUGUGUAGUUUGCGCAAUUUGAGCAAUUUGGAAGCCAACAAGACAGGGAGUAUUUGCAACUUGGAGUUCAAGGAUUUUUUCAGGAAAGGCGAAGUUGGAGAUUGGAAGAAUCAUCUAACUUCCGACAUGGCCAAGAAAAUUGACGAUGUAAUGGAAGAGAAGCUACGAGGUUCGGGUUUGAAAUUUGAGUAAGAUAUUUACAUUUUAUGGGUACUGUUACUUUGAGAAUAAUCACAAUCUUUGAUGCGUGCUCUAUGUAAUGAUGAAAGUAUUAUGUAUUAACAUACUAAAGGGAUGAAAUAAGUAUGAUGUAUUGAUACUUUCAUAUCAUGUACUGAAAGUGUCAUGCAUUUGAUGCAUGUUUGAUGUAAUGAAAGGUGUCAUGUAUUAACAAAUGUGAUGAAAUAAGUAUGAUGUAUUGAUA